AAACGCCACACUUCUUUCUCCACCCCUCUGACACCGCUCGUUGUUUGGCUCGAGUUUGGGUGGGGAUUCGACGGCGGUACAACUCUGUCUGUGUCGCCAGUUGGCGGCCGCUGGCAGGCGGCUCGGCGGGGAAGCGAUGUAAAGUUAGCAAAGCUAGCUGAGCUGACAUGGCGACGUGACUCACUGGAGCUCAGAACGGAGCGGGAAGAAGAGCUCCAGUCAUUUCUCGGUCACAGUUGCCGAACCAGCCGCUCAUGUGAUCCACAAGCUCUCGAGCUGGACUUCCUCAAAUAACCACAAAGAUGAAGGCAGCAGAUGAGCCUGCCUACCUGACAGUGGGGACAGACGUAAGCGCCAAGUACAGAGGAGCCUUCUGCGAGGCCAAGAUCAAGACGGUGAAGAGGCUGGUGAAGGUCAAGGUGACUCUGAAAGGUGAGAGCGCCAGUCAGGUGGUCCAUGAUGACCAGGUUAAAGGUCCACUGAGGGUGGGAUCCACAGUGGAGGUGAAGACUAACGAGGGUUUAUGUAGCGAGGCUGUCAUUGGUAAGCUGACAGACGCCAGCCUCUACACUGUUGUGUUUGAUGAUGGAGAUGAGAAGACACUGCGUCGUACGUCUUUGUGUCUGAAAGGCGAACGACACUUUGCAGAGAGUGAGACUUUGGACCAGCUGCCGCUUACCAACCCCGAACACUUCGGCACUCCGGUUAUUGGAAAGAAGUCCAAUCGUGGCGGCCGGCGCGCCUCACAGGCUGUUGCCGACGAAGAGAAUGAGUCUUCGUCCAGCGAAGAUGACGAGGAGGACCGCAGGAGGCUGAAUGACGAGCUGCUUGGAAAAGUUUGCAGCAUCAAGACUGACAACGAGCCUGCCUCCUGGUUCUUGGCUCUGGUGGUGUCUCCCAGCUGCCAUGAUGAGCUGGUGGUGAAGAAGGAUCAGUGUCUGGUCAGGUCUUUCAGCGACUGCAAGUUUCACACAGUGGCCAGGAGACACGUGCACCCCCUCAAUUCCAUCAACAUCAACAAGUCUGAGCUUUCCAACACACAUGGGUUUGCCGCUGCCCAGAUGUUUGCCAGGCGCAGGGAGAUUCCUGACGUUUGGAAAAUGGACAUGAGUCAAAUAUUGGACUCAUCCUCCAGUGAUGAUGAUGGUGACCAUGAAGAACAAAAACAGAGCGAAGAAGAUGAGUUGGAUGAAGAGGAGAAGAGGAAGAAGCUCAUGAAGGAAGAGCCAGAGGAGGAGCCAGACCCAGAGGAGCGGGAUCACUUCCUGCAGCAGCUCUACAAGUUCAUGGAGGACCGAGGGACACCCAUCAACAAGCCUCCAGUUUUGGGUUAUAAGGACUUGAACCUGUUCAAACUCUUCCGUCUGGUGUACCAACAUGGAGGCUGCCGCAAGAUUGAGAGCGGCACGGUAUGGAAGCAGGUCUACAUGGAUUUGGGCAUUCCUGUCCUCAACUCUGCUGCAUCCUACAAUGUGAAGACAGCCUACAGGAAGUACCUGUAUGGCUUUGAGGAGUACUGCCGCUCCGCCUGCAUCACCUUCAGGACCAUCCAUCAUAACAACCCCCGCCUCCCUAAAGCGCAGAUCAUUCCCAGGACGAUGAGGGCUGAGCUUGGUUUGCCCACACUCAAGGUGGAGCCUGCAGAGGACAAGGGCAUGCAGGUGGAGCCAGAGAGUGAAAGUGAUAAGGAAGAGCUGAAGGAGAGACAGCCGUCGCCAAGGGGGAGGAGGCGAUGUGGCGGUGUGGCAACAAAGAUGGACAUGCCCGCCAGACCCGACAAGGCAGCUGAAGAAAACAGUGAUGAGCCCAGGGAGGCGAGAAGGCGCAGCAACCGACACUUAGAUGAGUCUGAGAGGGGCUCAGAGGAGGAUGAUGAGGAAGAGGAUGAUGAGGGAGAGGAGGAGGAGGAGGAGGAGGAUGAUGAUGAUGAAGACGACGACGAUGAUGAUGAGGAGGAGGAGGAGGAAGAAUUGGAGGAGGAAGAAGAGAAUGAGCACGAGAGGAGGCGGGCAGACAGAAGUGAGGAGGACGAUGAGGACAAUGGCGACUCUGUGACAGGGACGAAGGUGAGGGUGAAGUAUGGCCGAGGAAAAACCCAGAAGAUCUACGAGGCUCACAUCAAGAAGACAGACAUGGACAACGGCGAGCACUUUUACUUGGUGCACUACUACGGCUGGAACGUCAGGUACGACGAGUGGGUGAAGGCCGACCGCAUCAUCUGGCCCACGGAGAAAGGAGCAAGAAAGAGAAGCCGGAAGAAGGUGAAGAACAAAGAAGAGGUGGACGAGGACAAGGCAAUCAUGGCACCGGCCAUGAAACCCAUGGGAGCCAAGCGAGGUCGUCCUCAAAUCAGGACAACUCCCACCAGCACAGCCAGGCGCAAGACGCCGAGUAACGAGGGGCACGCCAACGGAAAGGGCAUCCGGACGGACCCCAACAUGGCCAACGGCGACAACGUGUCCCGUGGCCGGAGGACCAGGAGGACAUCUGGUAUGUACGAUUCAGACCCUGCGUCCAACGAGGAUUCUGGGAACUCAUCAGUGGACAGCGAAUCAGAGGAGCCGCCUGACAAAAAGCUGUCUCCAUGGCAAGGGAGGCCGAUCAAUGCCGGUCAUCAGGAGGAGGAGCCUGAGGUGAAGGAGGAGGAGGAGGAGGAGGAGAUGACAAGUCAGCCUCCUGUCACGCUGCCUUGUCCCAGCAUGCCUCAAGAGGAUGUCACAAAAGUUGUGAGCCAACCUGAAGGGGUGGAGCAGCCAGCAGAGAAAGCUGUCCCACUGGAUGAACACAUGUAUGUGGCCCAGGAAGUUCUCCCCAAGGCUCCGUCAGCCGCACAGGAAGUGCCUGCCCACUUGUCCCCAAAGCCUGAGAAGCCACUGGAUGUGCCCCCUCCCCCACCGGAAGACACAGAGAUGGAAGACGUUAAGAGUUGCCCUUUGUCCCCACCCAGACUGAAAGUGCACAGGAUCAAUGCUGACACGCCUCCCAGAAUCUCCCUGUGCACCUCCAUCCCUGCCCCUCCCUCUCCCGCGACGGCACAGGCUCCGCCUCGCAGCAUCUUGAAGAGACCUGAUGAGCCCAUGGUGGUCCUCCACUGCCUCCCCACGCAGCGCCUACCCCCAGAGCCUCCUGCUGCCUCCGACACAGACUCUGCCAGCGAGGAGGAGGAGGAAGAAGACAAGAAGCUCCGCCCUGAUAGAAAGCAGGAAGAGGUCAGCCCUUCCUCCCCCAAGCCUUCUGCUACCCCACCCAAGAUGACCACUGGAAUUUCUCCCAGAUCCCUCCCAUCGCCGCUUCGGGGCACAGAGGCAGGCAAGAGCGACCAAGUGACGACAAAGGAGGAGGAGGAGGAGGAGGAAGGGCGGUGGCAAGUUGGGACACCUCCGCAAUCUCCCAAUGCCCUAGGCCCCGCCCCUAGUGAGGAGCCUCAGAUGGACCCUGAGGCGCUAGUUUGUCAUGAAGUGGACCUGGACGACCCGGACGAGAAGGAAAAGCCUGCCCCUUCUUUGGAGACCUCCCUCCCCCCCUUCCUCCAUGUUGCCGUCUCCAGCUCUGUCCACUGCCCUGAGGAGUUCCACACAGCCAACAGUCUUGAGCAGGAGGUGGCUGGCAUCACCAGCAGAGAGGAGGAGGUGGAGGAGGAGGAGGAGGAGGAUGAUGAUGAUGAUGAUGAUGCACACUUGAGUCCCAAUUUUGACGCAUCACAGGAGACAAGAGGUCAGAAAAGGGUAACGGAAUGUACAGUCAGCCCCUCGGCCAAGAAACAAAAACGAAACCACAAGCGAGUCACCACGCCUGCCAAAGUGGACAAGAACGGCACAGGCCACAGCAGCGACAGCGAGGACCAGUCUCGUCUUUCAUCUCUGUCCAAACGCAAGUCUCCCACGCCCCACAGCAAAGACAAACACAGCUCCGCAUCACCACAGCGCACGUACAAAUGGACCUUCCAGCUCGGUGAGCUGGACAGCAUGACGAGCAGCGAGAGGAUCUCCUUCCUGCAGGAGAAGCUGCAGGAGCUCAGGAAGUACUACAUGAGCCUGAAGUCUGAGGUGGCGUCCAUCGACAGACGCAGGAAGAGGUUAAAAAAGAAGGAGCGAGAAGUGUCGGUGUCCAACACAACGGCAUCCACCUCGUCAGGCUCGUCAGACACAGGAAUGAGCCCGUCGUCUGCCUCGCCCACUCAGAACACUGUGGCUGUGGAGUGCAGGUGAUGACACGCCCACCCGUCCUCGCUUACUCGGCCAUGCCCCUCCCACCCACUGUCGAGGUACAGUUGACAAAUGUGAUUUCAAACAUGGCCGGGUGAGGACCGUCGCCCCUCCCCCAUUAAGGACUGACUUCUGUUGAGACGUCCAGCUUCUACGAGCACUUCUCUCCUCCUGCUCUCCCCCAUCCUGUGGGGGUCAAAGGUCAGCUGCAGGAUCUGAGGAGCCAAAGCUGUGGUUUAUGCAAAUGAGUUAACUGCUUCAACAGUCAUACAAGGUAAAAAAAAAAAAAAACAUUUUUUUUUUUUUUUACUUUUAUAUGGUAUUAAAGGUUCUAUUUUGGUUUAAAAAAAAAAAUCAUUUUGUUUUCAACUCAAAUUUGGCAGACAAAAUGGUUCCUGACUUCAGCUGGCUUCUGUGCCGCUCCACUUCCUGUUUCCUAACGCUCCUCAACUUUUUGUACAUAAGAUGUGAGGAAAACAACCUUGUAAAGAAUGAUUUAUAAUAUUUUUAAGAGAACACUUUGUACGCUGUUUGUUAGUUGCAACUGUGUGGCGUGUACACACACUCCAUGUCAAGCAGCACCAGUUUCCAAUAAAGUUUUUAAAUUUGAAUCGCAUCAAGUGUGGUGUGCUUCAAGUUGCAAGGAGUGCACGUUGAUGUGGUCCACAAUUAGUGUGACAACAGUCCUUCAUGCAG